AAAAAAGAAACAUGGCAAGGCGGAGGCCACUCGUUGGCGGCGGCAGCAGCAGGUCGUGCUGGGGAUGGUGGCUGCGGUGGGCUGGCAUUGGGCUGGCGCUGGUGGCUGCAUUCCUGCUGGGUGCGCUGACACGUGUGUGGGUGCCCGGGGUCCCGAGCUCCGCGCUCAUGCACGCGUAUGGAGCGUCAGAUCCAACCAAGACUGUGCGAGCACAGGGCCUGGACAUAUGCACUCAACAACAACAACAUCAACAACAGCCGACGUGCAGUGCGCCACGGCCGCUGUUCACGAUAUCCCACCCCAAGAGCGGGCGCACGUGGCUGAGGUGCUUGGUCUCCCACGCGUUUGCGUGCUUGAACAAGUACAACGACACCCUGAGCCUGGCGGAUAUCGAGAUGUACUCGGGAAACGUGCUCGACUUCUCACACGGCGAACCACACCAUCCCUUCUCCAGCACGCCGUGGGACCUGGCGUAUGCCUUUGCAGAGGAGCGCCCGCACAACCGCGAGCACGGCGUGCUGCUCGUGCGAGACCCGCGCGACGUGAUCGUGAGCUCGUACUACGAGCGGCGGUACCGGGAGCACGUGCGCUGGAUCCCACCUUGGACAUCCCUCUCCCAAUACAUCACCUGGCACAAGGGCAGCCUGCGCACGCUGCUCAUGUUCCUGAACCUGUGGAGCGCCGUGGUGGAGAAGCCUGGGUGGACCGUGCUUCGGUACGAGGACAUGCGGCGCUGCCCACACCAGACGCUGCGGCACAUUGUGAACGAGCGGUUGUGCCUGGGCGUGUCGGAGGAGUGCAUCCAGGCCGCCGUGCGCUGGUGCGACUUUGGCAGCCUGCAGAAGCGGGCGGAGGAAGCAGGCACAUCUGGGGGCGCGAAAAUCUUCAGUCCAGCGAGCAAAGGGAACCCAAACUCGCGCAAAGUGCGCAAGGGCAAGGUUGGCGGCUACCGCGAUGACUUGAGUGAGGCGGACAUUGAGUAUAUGGAGCAGACCAUUCAGAAGCAUCUCGUUAGCGCACGCAUCUUUGGCUACGGAACGCCGCCCACCAUCACCACCGAGGACUAACAACUUAUGAGGCGCGUGCAUGUGUGUGUGUAUGCACGUGUGCACGUGUGCAUGUGUGUGUGUGUGUGUGCAUGUGUGUGUUGGGGGGGGUUCGUUUCAUACGUUUGUUCAUGCCCUCUUCUCUCUUCCUCCCCUCCUCCCCUUUCUCCUUCUCCCCCGCCCGCUUGCUACGCUCCGCUCCCUGCUUGUUUAUUGGGUUGUUUAAGUCAGUGGCGCUCACGUCACACAGUUGCGUGAUCUUGAACAAGAUCGUGCGAUAGCGUGCCACUCUUGGUGCGUUCAUCCUCGGGAUUGAUUGGUAGGUUUUUGCAGUUACAGUGUGCACGAUGCCAUGGUGUGGCACCCGGCUUCGCAGCCCGCCUCGCUUGCUUCGCUUGCUUCGCUUGCUUCGCUU